AUGGUGGAUUUAGCAAGUAAUUAUGGCAUAUAUACGAGACUUACCGGCAAAAAAAAAAACUUGCCACCAGUACUUAAACCUUCCUCGUCCACCCGACUCCCACAACUAUACCAUCCACUGCCAAAAGCUCGGAGACGACAGUUCGGACCACAACCAUUGAUAUCGGUAAUUUCCGGUAAAACGGCGUACCGACUGGACGAACCCAGGAGCUAUGGUGGGCUUGGGAGCUAUAGUACACCUGGAUACCCCCCCGCACCGCCGAAUGUUUAUUUCGUACCGCCGAGCUGUACACCUAGACCAGCCCCUCUGUGGUUACCCAUCCCACACAAUUUUCGGCAUCGGCGUGCGGUUGCGACUUCGCCUUAUCACCACAUGGAAAACAGUAUUACUGAUGACGGUUCCGGUCCUGUUGAGCCAACCCCACCUACCGGAGAUCCUGAAUCGGUAUCCGUUGAUGAAUAUGUACGGAAAUUUCAAAACUGGCGGUUAGGUGUUGAGAGUUUUGGCUCUCCUGGGGGUGCGGAGGAAUUGCCGCUAAGAAUGCAAAUGCCUAAAUCUGAUUUUAUCAGAUUCAGCGAGAUCCUAGAUGUAGGCGAUGACGAAAAGUUUCCGAAAAUUUCGUUUAAUGCGUUAACCUCCACACUCAUCAUCCAACAUAUGCCAAGCCCAAUUCAUGAAAAGGUUAUCAGCACAGUCUCGGAAGGGUUCAAUCUAGCAAGAAGUAGCCUCCCUACACCACUUCGUCAGAGAAUUGCCAUCGUCUACAAUCAAAAAUUCCGCUCUUUUAAACGUGGUUACAAAGGGUCUGGAAAAGUACCCGAUACCAUGGUUCAGGUGGAAAAUGCAGCUGGGACUCUGGAGGUAAAGUUCAUAUUGGAAGUUGGUUAUACUGAGAUGUAUGAUGAUCUGGUUCGGGAUGCUAGAAUGUGGUUGGAGGGAACAGAUACCGUGUCCGCGGUAAUGCUAGUAAAAAUGAAUGAGGAUCCCGCUUACCAAAACCCAACCUCACGACUUACCGAUGAGGAGUUUGACAACCUAGAAUUUCCUCCAUCUGAAGAAGUUUCCCAAGAGCUUUUCUCCCUUGAUGAGGCCCAUGGACCUGCUUGUUAUAAAGGUCUACGUUGGGUAGGCAAAAUUACUAGUUCGAUUGAAAUCUGGAAACGUCAUCCCACGUCUCACGUGGCAAUUCGCACGUUAGGCCCCCAUAACCACUUAAACGCAGACAAUUCAACCUAUAUAUACUUUCACCUCUGCGAUUUUAUGGACGUCUCCUCUGCAGAGAAUCAUUAUGUUGGCUUUGACUGGGGUCCCUUCCACAGAAAACUAGGAACUUAUAUCAGAGAGUUGGCGGUGGAACGGUGUGGUAAGGCGCUCGAAGCUCGUGAAGGAAGAGCGAAUGUGCUGGACCAUAAUUUUCAACCCUCCCCUGCUGCUGGCUCCACAUAGUGGACAAUGUCUGUAAUAUGGAUAAAUAGUGGUGGUCACGCCUUUUUCUCCGCUCCUUUUUUUCACUUUUUUUCCAUCACAUUAUUUCAUUUUUUUCCCUGGCCAUAGACUCUUGCCCCCCAUGUCUUUUUUCUUCUCCCUUGUACAAUAGAUAAACAUUCAGGGCCUUUUUUUCCCCAAACAGAAAGAAA